CCCUCUCUCUCAGUCUACCACAAACCCUAGAUAGAGGGGAGGGAGAGACCAGACGCCUCUUCUAAUAAUAUCUUCUCUCAAGUUGUUUUGCUUCAUCUCCUUUUAUUUAUUUAUUUAUUUAACUUAUUUAUUCGGUAAAGUUUUGCCCUUUGCAACGCAUCAAUGUCAACCUAUCUUCCUGAGGAAGUGGUAUUGAAUAUACUGAGCAGGCUGCCCCCAAAAUCCCUAUUCCGAUUCAGGUGCGUUUCCAAAUUUUGGCAUACUCUCAUUGGAAAUCCUGAUUUCUUUACCCCAAACUCUCUCAACCGAUCUAUUCUCGGAGACCCCGAUCGUUCUGCUCCUCUCCUUCUCGUCACAGAUGACCGCCGAAUCGGCACCGACUUUCAAUAUAAGCAUAUUUUUUAUUUCCUCUCUGGCGAGACCCUGGAUUGCCAGUCUCAAAUUAUUGUCAAGUUAGAUGCUCUGUGUGAAAAUUUUACGAUUGUGGCUUCCUGUAAUGGUUUACUCUGUCUCCACCAAUUCGUCGAUGACAGAAUCUAUCUUUGGAACCCCGCAACUUCAAAAACUUUAAAGGCUCUCCCGCCCCUGCGACGCCCGCAGAUUGAUAGGCAUAUGAAACUGAAGUUUGGUGUCUUUCUGAUCACCAUCGGAUUCGGUUUCGACAGGAGAUCCAACGACUUCAAGGUGCUGAGGAUUUGUAACGUUUUUGACGACGGGGAUAUGGAAAGUAAACGACGAGUGGAAGUGUACCGCCUGAGCACUAGGAGAUGGAGACGGCUUGACCUGCCCGUGCCGUUUGCUGAACUUUACCAACGCUUGUCGGGGGUUCCACUUCCAAAUUUUCCUACCACUGCGUCAGAUGGCGUUUUUUUCUGGUGGGUGGCGUCCGCUAAACAAGAGGAAAUUGUUGCUUUUGACUUCGGCGACGAGUUGUUCCGAACGACACUGCUUCCGGACGGUGCACAUUUUUCAGAUUUCACUUCUGUUACUUUUACGGUGUUAAAUGGGUUCGUUUCUAUAGUGGGUUUCCCUCAUCAAAGAGUUCGCUCAAGAAAGCGUAUACGCGGGGAAACAAGCACUACUCAAUGUUUGGUUAUAUGGGUUUUGUUUGAAUUUGGUGCGGAGGAGUCGUGGACUAAACUCAUCAAUAUUCCACUUUUGCUGGACUACCCGGAAAGGCCCAUAGGAUUUUUUAGAAACAGAGAGUUGUUUAUGCAGAAUCCGGAGGGGCAGCUGGUCUUGUACGAUCUGUUAACCCAUUCAAAGAAGGAUGAUCUUCAAAUUUACGGGAAUAGCAGCAGUAGGAAUAAAAGAUUGUUGCAAGUUUUUCCCUACACGAAUUUGAUGAGUUGGGAAUGGAUGGAGCUCAACGGCCCUAAGGCGUUUGGAAGAAAAUGAAGUAAAUAUAAAAGAUUUGAGCUCAAAGAGAGAAGAAGGGCAAAAUGGAAGCCCCCUGACAAUGCGAUCGAUCAUAAGCAGACCUGCGAUUGAGCACAGUACCAGAAAGGCACAACACGAAGCAGGCCAUGAACGAUCGAGUGCACGACAAAAAAGGAUCGAUCGCAGACCUGUGAUCGAGUGCACACGGGUUGCAAUCGAUCGCACCCGUGCGUAGGAGACACAUCAAGUGGUGGCUAGAAUGUCUUUCUUUCCAUAUUAGGGUUUUCCAACUCCCAAUUGUAAUAGAUUUUGAAACCUUACGAAAUCUCUAGAUUUACUACUUUGUCAAGGAUUUUUAAAGCCUAUAAAUAGACCCUUAAGUCUUUAGAAUAGGUAUGCUUGUAAGGAGAAGAAGUGGAGCUCCUCAAGUUCAAGUUUCGGGUUUAUUCUUUUCCUUUAUUUUAUUUUAUUUUAUGAAGAUGAUUAACAUAAAUUUUAUGUGUAGCUAAAUUAUUUAGUAGGGCUAGAUUGAAGCCCUAGUUAUGUUUUGUUGAUAAUUCAAUAUUGGCG